UUAUCAAUGUGCAUCUUGAUGACUUGUACAGUUUCAAAUGUCAUCAUUCAGAAUACUAUUUAAAAUAUUUUUAAUCAACUAAAAAAAAAUAGACACAUUAUUGCAAUGAACUUUCUGAAAUAAUGUAAAGUAACAAAGUGUCUUUGUCUAUAGUUAUCUGAGUGAAUGGUUAGAAUAUUGAGUGAAAUAUGAAUCUUUUCAUCAGUUGAGCGUUUUUCUUUUUCUUUUUGUGUGAUAAAGUUCAUGAGUAAUUAUAUUCAGCAGUAAAAUAAAAUAAGGGCUUUUUAUGUUCUAAUUAUACAAGUGAAAUUUACAGAAAAAGUUCAGAGUGGAGUCCCAAGUGGAAAACUUGAUACAAAAGUUUGAUGCUGAUAUGACCGAGAGACAGAACGAGUAUGAAGAGAUUGAUGCUGAGUAUACAAAGGAAAAGAAACAGCUACAUGAGUUGGAGGAACGGUUUAAGACUCUAGAGGAUGAGUACCAACAGAUAAUGGAGGAACGACGUGUAGCUCGUGAGAAACGUGAGGCUGCAGAGCGUGACAUGUCCAACAUGGUGAAGGCUGCCACCACCAUUCAGGCAUUCUGGAGGUCAUUCAAGGUCAGAAAGGCGCUCAAAGGACGCAAGAAGAAGGGUGGUGGUGGAAAGAAAAAGAAAUAGACACCUAGAGAUGAAAUCAGAUUUGAUGAUAAGAUUUGAUGAUGAGUUAAAUUGAAAAAUGUAAACACCUAAAUCGAGCUAUAUGUUUGAUGACAAAAAUAUUCAUUAAAUCAGGUUUAUACCCCAUGUCAGGAAUUAACAGUAAAAAUAAAAUAGAAAACUGAGUUUGUCAACUUCACUGGAGCACUAUAAAAUAUGCCGUUUGAUAUAAAUGAGGUAGGGUCAUGGAACAUUUCCUAUGGAAUAAGAACUUCCACCUUCAAGAACAUUAAUUAUGUAUGACGCACCCAUCUCCAAAUAGUGUUGAUAUCUUACUUUUCACAAAAAAAUCAUACAUCAGUAUUAACAUUCAAUAGUUGCAUUGUCCAGAUUUGCAGUUUACAAUUUUUCAUUUUCAUUCCGAAGGAUUUCUUUCCAGUUCAAAGUAUAUAAUAUAAUAGUGUGAUGUUUUGUGUUUCUAAAAUGUGACAGCCAUCCUCGGACACAAGAUCUCUAUAGGACCACUGGAUGUUAACAUCAAAAUUUUUGAGAGUCAUAUGUUCUUUUUUAUAUUGUUUUAAUGUCAUCACUUUUAUCAAAUGUUCACUAGUACAGAAAUUUGUAUGCAACAUUUUAAAACAAUGAUGAUUAUUUUGUUCAGUCUAAGCUAUGGAAUAUACAUAAUAAUGUGUGUUUGUUUGACAUCCCUUAUGUGUGUGUGCUAUACAACAGCCAUCACCAUUUCCAAAACCAGAGUAAGCGGUACUGUUCUGUCAGACCUACCAUUGUAUACAUUUAUAAUUGUACAUACACAAAGGAUACAGAGAACAGGACCUGUUUCAAUAGGAACACUAGUGGAUAAGCUAUGGUUGUUCUUGUUUUCAUUGACUGUGAUAAUCUUAUUUGUUAUGAUUUUUGUAAAUAUUUAUUAGAGAUAUAUGUAUAUAUACAUAUCAUAGACUUAGGAUUAGUUAAUUGAUAUAUUGAAAGCAGAAUAUAAUUAUAUGGUAUAUAAUGUUAUAUAAUUCAAAAAUAUGUACAAGAUUAACUUAAAUUUGUUGCCUUGAACUAGAAGAUAAGUUUGCCCAAUGUUUCACAUGUUAUUUCUAUUACUGUACAUUGCUAUGGAAUUCUUUACAGUUUUAACAGAAUGUUCCACCUGAGUACCAAGAUUUAUGACAUUCUUAAUAUGAUGUCCAUCCGUCCAAAAUGCGUGCUCUCAAUAAACAUAAAAUUCGAUUACA